AUGCCUCCUGAGGGAGUUGCCUCCGCUGUGAGGAUAAGAAAAGUCCACUCUUUCAUUGAUUCACAAUGCAACCCAGCCAGGUUCAAGCGGCCCUUUGCCGGCCAAGCGGAGGAGAGAUCAGCGAACAGAAACUGCAGUGGCGGGGGGUCUAUUGAGGCCCCAGCCAGCCAAGACACGCUUGAGAAGAGAAUCGAUGGAGCCAUCAACCAGCUCUCCAUUCUCAACAUCGUCUCCAUCUGUGCCGUCUGGCUUCGUGAGAGGAUCUGCCGCAACUCCUCUUCGGGCGCUUCGCUGCCCGACGUCAAAGAGUCGCCAGUAAGCAGCUGGCUGGCCCGCAGGGGGUCUAUUGAGGCCUCAGCCGGUUGGCCAGGAACCGAACCACAGAGACACGGACUACAAGAUCAUUGGAAGCAACAUUACUAUAACGCGGCGAAAAUGAAGCUGGAGUAUGAUGUGUGGAACAUUCCUACAUGGGAGCAGUACGGCAUGCUGGCGAGCCACUGUCGAAAGAAGGCGGGAUUGGGUGAUUUUCGCGCCUGGCUAGUCGGUUAUGAGGGCGAACAAACUGUCACAAGGCAUGUCAGGCCUCGAGCAAAGGAAGAAACCGGCCUGGGCGGUGUCAUGGGGUUGGUGCUUCUGCUGGUAUCUACGUUGAAUAUCCUGGUUUUCAAGUUCGCGGCGAACGCCUUGCCAUAUGAGGAGGAGAGGUUGAAAGCGACGUGGUGA